AUGAACGAUGCUGUUGAAAUGCUUUAUAUAAGUUCGUAUCGUUUGGCUUUGAGUUCUGAACAAACAUUAAAAAGUAUAGGAGACAAUUCUGAAAAAAUGAAGAGAAAAGUUGAGAAAUUAAAAGUUAAAAUUGAUGAGAAUAUUGAUAAUAUAUCGAGUAAAUAUGGAGUAAGUGCGGAGAAAGAAGUGAAAAAAUUAGGAGAGAGAAAAUUGGAGAAACUGGGAGAUAUAAAAUUGGAAAAUGUAGAAGACUUAAAUAGCAUUGACUUUUCUAGUAUUAAUGAAUAUUUAACGGAAGUUGGAAAAUUGAAGAAAGAUUUGAAGCGAAUUUUGAAACAAGAAAAAAGUUUUGACGAAGAUGAAAUCGAUUAUGAGAAAAUAAAUGAUUUGGAAGAGGAUUUAGAGAAAUUAAGAACAGAUGAAUAUGAAUUAAAGAAAAUUUAUAAUCUAGAAAAUUUGGAGUCUGAUUUGUCAGAUUCUAUAUUUCAUAAAGACACACUUACUAAUUAUUUAAAAAGAAUGGAGAAAGAAGAAAGAAUGAUUGAUGGUGAAAAAACACACAGUUUUGGAAAAAAACAUGAGACUCAAAUGUCUAUUAAAGAAGAGGAAAGUUCUAGUAUAAAAGCAAACUUAAGAAAAAGUAAAAGUUCAAAACCAAGUUUUUCUUCGCAAUCAAGUUUAAAUUCACAGUCAAGUAACAGUUUACAACCAAGUCUCAAUUCACAAUCAAGUUUUAAUUCGCAAACAAGUAGCGAUUCGGGAGAAAGUUCUUCCCAGAAAAGUUUGAAUUCUUUUUCAAGGAUUAGUCGUAUUAAUCAUAGUAUUAAAAUGUUUAAAAAGAAACUUAGUAAAUCAGCAGUAAUGGAGGAUAUUGCUAACAAGCUGGAGGAUAGUCAGUCAGUCUUAGCCUUGUACUCCAGCAGUUAG